GCAAUUUCAGAAAGAGCUUUACCUUAUAUACUAGCGUUAACUAAUAGCAAAGUAGUUAGCAAGAUAAAUAAUUUAGGUAGAAACUACCAUAAAUUAAAAACAUGCAGUUAUGUCAAUAAUUUAGAUGGAAAGUAAACAACAUUAAUUAUAAUGAAGCAUGCAAUAUCAAUAACAAUAAAAAAAACAAAGUGAAUGACCUGGCAAUAUACCCAACUCCUAGUAGCUGGAAUGUACGGUCUACAAUUGUGUGAUCAAUUAUGUGAUUCAGGUCACUCUACAGAAAUCUACAAGUUGAAUAAUGCAAACAAAUAUACUACAUAUCCUCAUUGUCCCUGAAGGAACCUUUGUCAACUUACAAACCCUUUGCUUCCUCUGGUCCUUUGUAUCCUCUUCACAUUCAUUUGAUCUCUCAAUCUGAGAUAUGAGCUGGUGGUGGUCUGGAGCUAUCGGCGCUGCCAAGAAGAAGUUGGAGGAAGAUGAAGCACCAGGAAGCUUUGAGAAUGUGGCGUUGGUAGUCGGCGUGACUGGUAUCGUAGGCAACAGCCUCGCCGAAAUUCUACCUUUGGCAGACACCCCAGGUGGUAGGUGGAAGGUCUAUGGCGUUGCCCGGCGGCCACGACCCUCCUGGAACGCCGAUCACCCAAUUGAAUACAUCCAAUGCGAUAUCACGGAUCCAAAUGACACCCAGACCAAACUGUCAGUUCUCACCGAUGUCACACACAUCUUCUACGUCAGUUGGACCAACCAUCCCACAGAAGCCGAAAACUGUGAAGUUAACGGGGCUAUGUUUAAGAAUGUCCUCACCAGUGUUAUCCCAAACGCUCCAAAUCUCCGCCAUGUUUCACUUCAAACCGGCGGAAAACACUAUCUAGGACCAUUCGGUCUGGUCGGUAAGAUUAAGAGUCACGAGCAGCCGUUCACGGAGGAUCUACCGCGUUUGGAUGCACCGAAUUUCUAUUACACUCAGGAAGAUAUCUUGUUUGAAGAAACACAAAAGAAAGAGGGUUUGAGUUGGUCUGUUCAUAGACCUGAAGCCAUCUUUGGAUUCUCUCCUUAUAGCUUGAUGAAUAUUGUUGGUACACUUAGUAUUUAUGCUACAAUUUGCAAGCAUGAAGGUGUUCCGUUGAGAUUUCCCGGUACUAAAGAAGCUUGGGAGUCUUAUUAUGUGGUUUCUGAUGCUGAUUUGAUUGCAGAGCAACAUAUUUGGGCAGCGGUGGAUCCUAAUGCAAAGAACGAAGCUUUCAAUUGUAGUAAUGGUGAUGUUUUCAGGUGGAAGCAGUUAUGGAAAGUUUUGGCGGAACAGUUUGGGAUUGAGGAUUAUGGAUAUGAGGAGGGUUCAAGUUUGAAGUUGGUUGAGUUGAUGAAGGAUAAGGGUCCUGUUUGGGAUGAGAUUGUGAAGAAGAAUCAGCUGGAGCAAACGAAGAUUGGUGAGAUUGGUGAGUGGUUUGUGGAUUUUAUAAUCGGACUGGAAGGGCUUGUUGAUAACAUGAACAAGGCUAAAGAACAUGGGUUUUUGGGAUUCAGAAAUACCAAGAAUUCUCUCAUAUAUUGGAUAGAUAAGAACAAAGCUUACAAGAUUGUUCCCUGAAUAAAUGUUGUGGAUUGAGUUGCUUAAUAAUGAUUUUAAGUGAGUGCAUCCAUCCUGUUUACCAUUAUGUAGUGUGUGCUGUUACAUUGUUGUACUUUUUUUUUUGCUUAAUUUUCGUUGUUGUACUAAUAAUGUUGUACCGGGAGAAUAAAUUUGUUUUUGUAAAUGAAUUAUUGCAAGCACCUCUAUUAGAGUUUGAAUACUA